AUGGCUGAGACAAGACGACUCACGGACCUGAUUCACGGUCACGUAGGAAGUCUUACUUAUUUACCUCCAGAAAAGGCAACAACUCAAGUUGGUACUUUUCAUACCAGUCGCAUUACAGCUGAAGCACCGCACUUUAAAGUCAUUGGGUCUUCAGCACAGCUGUAUCCGCCUUCAAAGUCUCCAUCUCCAGAAGUCUCUUCCAAUCUUUGGCAGGAACGGAGAAUUCAGAAACGGUGGCUUCUUCAGGCUCAUCCCGAAGCCUUCAUGGGCAAUUCAGCCGUCUCUACGUUACUGGAAGAGAACAUGAACCGCUACUCUAGGGUCGAGGGGGAAAUCAGCGAUCGACCCCUGCUUUCCAUCGGCCAGAUGACGAAUGUGUCUGAUCAGUGGAGAGUUGCAGGAUCACCGAUGCUCGCAGCUGCUACAGGAGAAUCGGGAGAACUACUAAGACUGUCCCGAGUUGAUCAAUCAAAGUGGCAAUGGGGUGCUGACAAGCACACGACACUUCAGCCCUCUGUGAUUGACCCCGAUGAUCCCGAGGAAGAGGCCAUUUGGGCCAGUGAUGGCCUGCCGAUUUCUCAAGUCAAAUUUGCAACCAGCAUGUCGCGAUACGAUGCCAUCCGCUGGCUCGUUGUUCAGAAGCAGACCUCGACCACUAUCCUUAACCCGGAGUAUCACAAAAUCCCAGUGGCCCAGUCAUCAACCGCCGACCCCAACAUUCAGCAUCCUCGACUAUCACGAAUUGAUCCCAACCCAAUCAUGACCAUCUCACAUAAGAUGACCGGUGGUAAUGCGCAGAUGGAUGUUGCUUUCAAUCCGAAUUCAAAAGGUCAAUCACCUCAGAUAGCCAUCAUCGACGAGUGCGGAUAUUGGUCCAUAUGGGACACCCUAGGAGGCAGGCCAAGAACACAACUAUCGUCUUGUAAGUUCGGACAUAUUUCAGAUGGGCUGUUGGACAAAAUUCCCUCCAUGACAGAGCAUAAAGCAGAAAAACACGGGAUCCUUUUUGUCGGUGCUACCGAAGUGGACAGUUUCUGGGAGGAUGAAUCGCAGAAUGCCGACGAGUUUGAAGAGUCGGCAAAGCGGUCAAGUCAUUUGUUGAUAUGGAACAGAGAAAAGUACGAAGUGAUCGAUCUUGAAUCGCACAUAGCUCUACCACAGCUAUCACUUUUAGCUCGUCCAAAGUCCAAACCUGACGCUAUUCUUGAUAUCAGAAUCAGCCCCGCGAACCAAAAUCACAUCUUCGUCUUGACUAUGCGGACCCUUUACUGGAUUGACUUGUUUGCGACGAGAAGAGAAGAGGAUUCACCAUCGAAAAAACCGACCAUCUUGAUUUCUUGCCCCCGACUGCUGGACAGGGAGGCGCUGCGUAUGACGACCUGCCUCACUACCGAAGGCAAACAACAGGCCGUUAUGGUGUUUGUCUUUUCUCCGACCCACAGACAACUUGAAACAUAUUGGUUUGGGCAUUCAAAGCAAAAUGGCCUUCCAUACUGGCAUCGCGAUGUUUUAAGUCUACCUAAUGAGGGCAAUGCUGUUCAAGGGGAUAUACAGUCACUAGAGAUCCGCCCAGCCAAGCUCAGUCAAGAUGGAAAGCCCUCAUCUGGUCCAGGGGCUGAUUAUUAUCGUGGAGGAGUUCAGUUCUACCAAGGGAGCAUCUUGAGCAAGGAUCUGGGUGUACAAUAUUGUAUUUGUGUUUCGGUCAAGGACCGCAAAAUGCAAAUUACGCUACCCACUGGACGUCUAGUGCGGUCCAAGACAGACCAAGCACAGCGAUGGAGGAAAAAACGCAAGCAAUUUCUUCGACAUAUGGGCAACGCGUUUGUACUUCCAGAUGGCAUGACUGACAAUAUCAAUGAGGUCGUAAAGCGUCACAGUAGAUCCAACGAAACAGACACCAUGAAGAAUGGGGCAUCUGUAGUCUUGGGGCCUGUACACCUCAAACUGGAUUUCAUGUGCCAACAUCUCCAGCGAACUCUUAUUGCUAUCUCCGAGAGCGUGCACGACAUUCCCCCGGCCCUUCUUUAUGCUAUUCAGGAGAACAUUGCAGAGGGCACGGCGGAAGGACGGCUCUCUCUGAAGACUUGGAAAGAGAUUGGCAGCCAAACGGGGUCCAUGGAUCUUUCCAGUUACAACAAAGCAGAGCUCCCGGACAUACUGGACUUGUUCUUGGGCGAUGAUGGGCAAACAGUGGUAACACAGCUAGGAAGACAAACUUCGGAGGAGUGGAUCCGAGAACUUGUCAGUUUGUCACAUCUCAACCAAACGUAUGUCGAUCUCUGGCUUGACCCUAUAGAAGGGAGGUUAUCUGAAAAAGAAGAGGAAAUGAGGAGAGGUUGGGUAGCAGAUUUGGCCAAGGACAUGUUUCUAGCAACAGCUGGUGUCAUGGUUCAAGAUAUGCCUCUUCUAGGGACAGCAAGCCAAGGGGGGGACGAGCGACCACAGCCUACAUCGAGUGCGAUACGGAUCAGGUCAUCCCAAACAUUGGAUGGUGAUAUCCCUUCUUCGCCUCCCAGCACGACAUCGAAUAUCACCAGCGAUGCAGCAAUCAGGCGAUUGCAGCUUCUCGCGCCCUCGUUACAGUUGGACAAGAUGGAAACUGCCAAACAGUCAAGUGUUUUGUCACGCUGGCCAACCGAGCGUGGUGUCACCACAGAUGACUACAUUUCUAGCGUUGCUAUUGCCAGCGAUAGAAAGUUUGAGGAUGCAAGGUUACGACUGCAGAGGAUCGAAAACAAGCGAAAGGCACACGCAGAAAAGUACAGACUGCCGCCAACUAUGCGACAAGGCGGUGAAUCCACACCCAAAGCCAAGAAGUCGUCGCAAAUCAGGACAGGAGGACUCGGUGCACCACCACGAUCUUCUCAAAUGCGUCCCCAAAGAGAAGAUCCUGCAGAGCUGCCGCCUAUGCCAGCUCCACCAACGCCUGCGCAGUUUAUGUCGAGCCAGCAGAGAAUGCCCAGCUCAUCUCAGAGCCAAGGCAUGUUUGGGCCUGCAAUUGCCAUGAGCCAGCCGGUAUCAGGUAUUUUUGGGGAUAGGAAGAAGGCCAAAAAGCCUAAGAGGAAGAGCGGAUUUAGAUAG